AUGCAGCCUACUGUUGGUCCUGGGAUGUCACGCUUUAGACGUACGGCACUUUCCUUCCGAGACAUAGCCCUGCCACAGAUCUUCACAACAGCAGUUGAUAUCCUCACGCAAAUGUAUGAGGGGAAGUUGGCGAUCAACGACAAGACGGAAGAAUUCAAAUUGGUUAAGAAGGUAUUGCAGCUGGCCUAUAACUGCUUGAGUUUUGACUUCAUGGGCACGAUCCCUGACGAGACGUCGGAGGACCAGACGACAGUUAUGGUGCCACAUAACUGGACAGUGUUGAAGGAUAGUGUGCUGCCCAAUAGUAAACAUUAUCUACUGCAAUUCUGGGCGCAGCUUGUGAGCCCUAUCAUGAAUGAUAAGGACAAGACACCGGGCUUCCACUCUAAACUGGAGGACUAUAUCUACACCAUUACUGUGAGUUACAUAGACUCGAGAUUGUUUCUGGCGGAUAUGGCUGCGCGCGGUGAAGACCCUAUGGAUGAUGAAGGCUUUGAGGACGCUCUUCAAGAUGAGGUCUUGAGAGGUGAGCAGCUGGAGGUUAUAGCACAGCUGGCGCGACUGAACUAUCAAAAGACGGCACAACAUGUAUUGGAGUUGUUUGGAGCAUGUACGGCAUCGGGGUCUGAUAUUAACGAGCAUAAACUGGCGUGGUUGGUGUAUAUCAUGGGAGCGCUUGUGGGUGGGAAUACAGGAGGUGCGGGCAGUAUGAGGGCGCAUCAGCAACAACAACAGCAAUCGAGCGGAGCGCAACCUUUGCACGUUAUUAAUGGCGAAAUCGCUGGACGGGUGUUUUCUCUGAUGAAUCAAACGGACGCUAAUACGACACUACCGCCAGAAUCUAAGGAUGGCUCUAAUUUGGAAACUCUUGAACUAUCAUAUCUUUACUUUAUGGAGCAGUUUAGAAAGGUGUAUAUUGGGGAGCAUGCAAGGCAGUUGUCAGCUAAUGCGCCACCAUCGUCAGCCUUGUUGCGUGGGGACGUGUCAAUGGGUGCGUCAGAGAACCCCAGUAGAGUUGUCCAGGAAAGAGUGUGCACUGUGCUUGGUUUGAAGGAUGAGGAUGCUAUUCUUGGAAUUCUAAUCAAGAAGAUCGUCACCAACCUGCAACAUCGGUAUACGCUAGAGCCUGUUUUGAAAAAAACCCUGGCAUACUUCUAUGAAUUGGCAGCUGGUGUUAACAUAGUGCAUUCUGUUGACAAAAUGAGCCCGCACCUUAUCGUUAGUGGGAAGCUCCUGCUGAAGAAUGAUACGGUACGUCAUUUGAUGGCGAAUCAUGCGAGCGCGACUUUGGGGUUCCUCCAUGCUGGACCGAAAUAUGGACGAUACCGAACACAGUAUUAUGCGACUCUUGGUAAGCUACUGUUCAUGGAGUGUCGAGACGGUACUACGAGCACGAUGGCAUUGGAGACUUUCAAUACUUUCAUGAUGCCGCAAUAUCGGGUUUUGGAGCAACUGUGGCAAGCCGCCAACACUGGGGAUGGAUCAGCACUCCGCAGUGAGCAGCUCAGGUUGCCUCUAAUUGGUUUGUGCAGAGAUUUGAGAGGAAUAUGUCAGGCUUGUGUAUCGCACGAUAUGUACACGAUUCUAUUCAACUGGUUGGUUGACAAUCCGAAGCAGCCGCAGAACUGCAAAAUAACCGUCUUUUCAGCGGCUCUCACUUUCUAUUGGGAUGAUCCGGAUGUCACCACGCCCCUCCUUAAAUUCGUGGCUGAGUUCGUGUACAACAAGGCGCAGCGUAUAAACUUUGACCAGAAUUCGCCGAAUGGAAUCCUCCUAUUCCGAGAGGCAUCGAAGAUAUUAGUGGCGUAUAGUCAGAGGAUCUUGCAACGUGAACAGAGCCAGCCGGUAUAUAAAGACAUCUAUCAUGAGAAGUAUAAGGGAAUCGGAUGCGUGUUGGAGCUCUUCAGCAACGCCCUACACGGAAACUAUACAAACUUUGGCGUGUUUGAACUAUAUAAUGACAAUUCGCUGUCGAUGUCGCUGUCAUUGGCAUUGAAGUUGUGCAUGUCGAUUUCGAUAGCAGAUCUGAUGAGUUACCUCAAGUGCCUCAAACCAUUCUUCAUGUUCUUGGAAUUGGCAACGAGAAACCAUGCGAAGUUAGUUUGCGAAGUUGCUGAGUCGCCGGAGCAUCUAGCUGGGCUCGUUCGGGCGUUGGAGGAAGGGCUGACGUCGUUUGACACGAGUGUUUGCAUGCAAUGCUGUGCCAGUAUUGACAACCUGUGUACGUUCUUUUAUGACAUCGCUCACACGGGAGUGGGCUCGUCGGUGGGGGGAGGUACGGCAGCUACUGCGGAGGAUGUGGCCAGAGUGACACAUGGGUUGUUGGUGGUGGGAGGGGCUGUGGAUGGCGAGCUACGUAGGGUAUUGAAUUUGAUGUUACAAUUGAUAAUGGCGGGAGAAUUCAACUCUACAUGGAGUAUAUCGAGACCGAUAUUGGCGUUGAUAUUGAUGUACAAAGAUACGUAUUCGCAAGCUCAGGAGUUGAUUGUGAGGCAGCAGCCAACGGAAGAACGUCAACAAUAUGUGGGAAAGUGUUUCUCGGAGCUGAUGGUGGGAGUUACGGACAGCCUCCAAACGAAGAAUCGAGAUCACUUCACGCGGAAUAUGUACCACUUCGCCCAAGCAGUGCGAUCUACUUCGUAGGAGUACUAGAAGGGUAGAGAUGACUGUGACGUUACUGUUAAACACAACUGGACUCUGGUGAUGCCUUCUAAUAUACUACUACUGUUGCUGCUGCUGC